CCCAGCCACUCUGGGCGGCUCGUAAUCAAAUGUUAAAAACAGUACAGCAUUAAAUAUUAAAAGCUUCCCUAAACAGGGCUGCCUUCAGAUGUCUUCUAAAGAUAAGAUAGCUGCUCAUUUCCUUCACGCCCUACGGAGAUCCACUUUCAGCAGCAGGAGUUCCGGGACUCGCACGGGAUGGAGAGGACGAAGCCUUUGCAGGCGCAAACUUCAAGAAUGCACCGUGCAAGGGCCGCCGGGGCCAGGGCGGCUUCCUCGCGAGUAAGCGGCAUGCGAGGCCACGAUCCUGCGCCAGCUCGCCCGGAGGCCAGGCUCGUGCGAGGAGACCGCCUGGCCGGGCAGCUUUUACUCGCGUGCAGCGGCGCCCCACGUGGCGCCCCGCCCGCCCGGUGGGCGUGGCCUCCCGCCGGAGGCUCCCUGGUUGGAGCGCGCCCCAUUGUGACGUCACGGGGCUUCCAGAAGCCUCCCGCGGCCGGGUGGGCGGGUCGAAAACCGGCACGCGAGGCAGCUCCGGCCAAUGGCGAGGGCGCACGCGGAGGGGCCGCGCCCCGGUCUCCUAGAGACCAAUGACAGCCGAGAAUGGGCGUGACUGGCUGGCAGCGAGGCCAAUCGAGGAAGCGGGAGAGAGAGGGAGCGAGCCUGAGGGAGGGAGCGGGGGCGGGGCGGAGCGGAGGGGGCGGAGCCUCUCCCCCUCGUUCUCCAAAGGGAGCGGCGUCUCGUCGAGAUGGGCAGCGGGCGGGGCCAAUAGGCGCGCGAGGGCGGCGCCGGAGCGGGCCGUUGCUAGGCAGGGGCGGGCGCCCGGCCCCCGCGCACCAGAGGGCCCGGCCGAGGGAGGCGGGCGGGACGGGACGGGACGGAGGUGAGUCUGGCUCGGAGGGGGCGGCGGAGGGGGACGCGGCGGCCCCGGGGCGAGGGGCGAGAAGCAGGGGCGGGGCUCUGGCUCUGGCCCCGCCCCUCGACGCCCCCGUGGGUAGAUGGGGGGGGCUGGAACUCGACCCCCUUCCUUGGGCCGGGGGGGGAGGACGGAUCAAGCCCCCCAGGGAAUUCCCCCCCACCCACUUCGCCCAGGCCGGGCUCCCCUUGCUGGUUGGGGGGGGGGUCUCCUGGGGGGGGGCUGGGGAUGUCGCUCCCCCCAGCCCAGCUAAACUGACAUGAUGCCCAUGGACGUCUCCUCCGCUUCCCAUUCGGGGCGCAUCCCCUGCCCCCCCCCCAGUCCCGGCUGCGAAGUGGGGCAGAGCACCCCCUCGCCAGGGGCGUCUGGUGGGCCUUUGCCCGCUGCCCGGAGGGGCGAGAGUUGACUUCCCUGCUGCGGGGGAGGGGAGUGGGGAGGAGAGGACGACCCUCCCCUUUCUGGAGCAGGGCAAUCGGGGGGUCUCCUGGGGGGGCCCUGGGGAUGUCGUCCCCCCAGCCCAGCCAAACUCUCCCCUCCUCCUCUUCCACCCUGUCUGUCCUGACAUGAUGCCUCUGGACGCCUCCCCCGCCCCCCAGUCCCAGCUGCGAAGUGGGGCAGAGCCUCCCCUCUCCAGGGGCGUCUGGAGGGCCUUUGCCAGCUGCCAGGAGGGGCGAGAGUUGACUUUCCUGCUGUGGGUGCGGGGGGGGGGCAGGGGGAGGAGAGGACGACCCUUCCCUUCCUCGAGCCCAGCCAAACUCCCCCCUUCUCCUCUUUUGCCCUGUCCAUCCUGAUAUGAUGCCCAUGGACGUCUCCUCCGCUUCCCAUUCGGGGCACCUCCCCCCCCAGUCCCAGGUGCGAAGUGGGGCAGAGCCUCCCCUCUCCAGGGGCGUCUGGAGGGCCUUUGCAAGCUGCCAGGAGGGGCGAGAGUUGACUUUCCUGCUGUGUGGGGGGGGUGUCAGGGGGCGGAGGAGUGGGGAGGGGUCUGGGGGCGGCCGCUGCUGCCGGCUCCCUCUCUCUCCCCUGGCGCUGCUGCCUGUGUGGGCACCGGGUGGGCAUGGCUGGCGAUGAUUCACCCGGAGUGUAAUCAUGACAUUUCUGCACGCUGACUCCCUGCCGUCUUUGUCGUCGUCGCUGGCGGCGCUGGAAGGGUCCCUCUGCCCGCCCGAGCGAGCGCACGGCAUUCCUGCCUUGCCUGCCUGCCUGCCUGCGGGUGCCUGUGCGCGCUCCAGCCCUUGCUCGCUCGCUCGCUCGCUCCCGCACACUCUGCGCGCCUUGACCAAACUUGGGCUUUGAGCGCUGCUGCUGCUGCUGCCACCACCACCACGAGUGACUCCCUCCGCUGAUAUGCCAGCAAUUCUGCUCUUCUGGAGCCGCGUGGAGAGGUACCCGCUUUCUCUUCUCCGGAUCGGGACUCCGCUCUCCCUGCCCGUCCUCAGGCAGGGGAUGUGGAAGAACACCCUCCUCCCCGGGGGUCCGGCGCCAGCUGCAUCCCUUUGGGGUUGGGGCCAGGCGGCUGUGCCUGCCUCUGGUUCGGUGGUGGGUGAAAUGCCCCUUUGUUUAGGGGGCAGAGGAGCCGCUGCCAGCUCUGGGGACAUCUGGUCCUCUGGUCCAGUCUGGGCUUCUCUGGAAUCUCAGGGGAUGGCUGUGGAUUGUUUGAGAAGGACCAUUGUGUGGCUGUUGUUUGCUUUUUUUUGUCUGCCUGGGGUGGCCGCUGGGUGUUGGGGACUCUGAAGCGGACCAGGUGAUCGGGCAGUGUGACCGGGAGGGAUCCCUGGACGGGGAUAUCUCGGGCUCUUCCUUGUGGCUGCUGCCGCUGCUGCUGCCGGGGCUUCGGAUGGGCGUCCAGCGGCAGCCGAGAGUGGCUUUUGGAGCAGAGCGGCUCCCGGGUCGUCCGGAGCUGCCUCUUUCCUCAGCGGUGAGGUUUCCUGCUUACUUGCGCACACUUGGGCGCCAGAGUUUCAGGAAGUGGAGUGACUGCAUGCGCAGGUGCUAGUUAGACUCGGGAGUCAGCGUGGGGCUGGUGCUUUUGACAUGUGUUUCAGGGAUGGAUGCUGUAGGGCUGCGGACGCUGAACUUCACCCAGCGCCAAGCAAGAGUCACUUUUCUGGGCAUUCUCUGACACUGGUGGACCUCGCAGGGACGGCGUUAGCUUUGAGCUGGUUGUCUCUUAUGUGGAAGCCUUGAUUGAAGUAUGCAUUCUGGGGUGAGGAGAGGGUUUUUGAGAGGCGGACUGUCUCCCCACUUAGGCUUAAGAAUUUGGCACCUUCUUCUCAAACCUCUCAAACGCCGGUUCAUUGAAGAUGCCAAGCCGACUCCUGAUGACUCUGGGGUUGAGUUGGCCACCCAUUCCCUGCCCUGUUCUGUCCUUCAGGGGGGAAGAUCGCCAACAGGCUGUCCGGUGUGGGGCUGUGCACCUGCUGCUCAGCCUCCGAGGAUGAGCAGAAGGGCGAGAGACCCCCCCCCCCAGCUGGGCAGGAAGGCUGGUAAGGUCUGCUUUUCAGUCGGAGAAACCAAUUAGAGGAGGAAUCCUGACUGUCGAGUGAUUUCAUUGAGCAUUUUCUGUGGCAAGCGGUGAGGGAGGGGGCUGCGGGAAAGCGCAGGAAGGGAAGCUUCUGGGAGGCUGCUGCCUUGUGAACUGCCGCUGCUCCCCAAAUUUCCUCUGUCGGGGGGAGUCUUUCGCCCUCUUCCUGAACAGCUGGCUUGGAGUCCAGGUGUGCAUCCAGGUGCCCUGUCCGGCUUGGCCGGCUCUUCCUCCUGGCUCUGGGGAGGGGGCUGCUUUUGGAGCCUGGCUGCUGUGGUGAAGGUGCCGCUGCCUCCAUUCCUGGGCAACUCUUUUAGCGGCAGCUGCAUCUUGGAGCUCCAGGCCCCGCAAGCCAUGUUCCGGAUCAAGCUGGAGCCUUUAAAAAUGAGCGCCUGGGCUAUGAAUGUGUUUGUGAAGUUUCGGUAAGUGGCUGGCCGCCCUGCCUUGCCUGCUUGCCUUUGCCACGCUUGGGUGGUGGUCUGUCUGCUGGCAUCCAUCUUUGUCUCGUGUGCGGCGUCUGGCAUCUGCUGUGGAGGGCGAUGGAUGGGGAGCUUGAGGAGGACAGCCUGUGCCGCUCUUCUGCCCCCCACCGCUCCCUUUGCCGGAGGAUCAGAGGGUCUCCCUGGCCGCCUGACCCAGCUCUGGCAUUGCCCAGGGUGGGGGCAGGAUGAGGGGCUGGAGAUGCAUAGUGAUUGUGCUUCAGAGGGACCGGCUGCUUAGUGGGUGGUCUUGGGGGUCCGGAUCCCUUUGCAAAGGGGCUGGGCUGGGGUCGCCUUGCAUUUCCCCUUUGGCUUCCAGCAGAGACUGACUCCAGUCAGCCUUUUGCUUUUGUGUGUGUAUUUAUCUGUGGCUGGUGUGUGUGAUUUUGUGUGCGUCUUGGGGGGGGGGGAUGGGCUCCUGCCCCCCUUCCGCUCGAGUAGGGCUGUGCUGCCCAGGGAUUUCUGAGAAGCACACUCAGGCGUGCACUGCUGAAACUCUGCAUCUGCCUCCAGGUGGGAGGGAGGGGGUUAUCCAGGGACCGAGUCGUGUUUUACCAAAAUCUGUGUGGGGUGCUGCUCCGAGAGGAUGGUGGAGCCGCACGGUGACCUAUGAGGCUUGGCAGUCUUCCCUGCAGCUUGACGUCAGGCAGCCCCCACGCAGAGAAGCUCUCUCCGCUCUUGUGGUGCCUGUCGGCGGGGGGGCCCUUCCACAUGCCCUUCCGAGCUGGGGGAGCUGCGGGCAGGAUCGGCCCUGCUGGGUCACUGCUGAGGCUGGGGGGAGUCUCUCCUCGCUUCCCUUCCACCUUCCUGCAUUGCAGGGGCUGGGCUACAUAGCCCUUAAGGGUCCCGUCUGAGUCUGCGGUUCCUCCUCCAGCCCCCCCUUUCCACCAGUGGAAGCCCAGGUGGUUUGUAGUUCAGAUGAGAAAGAGGAAGGGGACUCUAUCUUCCCGGCCCUCCUGCCCCUGUACUUGUCCCCAGCCCCAUCCAGGUUUGCCCAAGGGGGCUUUGCCCCGGCUCUCCUGCAGCGCUGCAGGGGGUGUUGGGUGCAGCUCCUGGAUCUUGCCCGCUGCCCUUUAACCUAACACCCAGGGGUUGCUUGUACAGGUGGGCCGCUCAGAGGCAACCUGUGCAUGGCUGCUUAGUGAGCCACAGGCCCCUGUGGUCCAAAGUGGAGCUGAGCUCUUGGAGGCUCCCUCUCCAGAGAAGGCGUAGAAGUGUAGAGCUGCAAGGGACCCCAAGGGUCAUCCAGUCCAACCCCUGCUUGACUGGCGAUCCCCAGCGGUGGUCAGGAAUCCUGGCCAAGAAAGGUUGUGCCAAAUUUAAUUCUGCAAGGUGACACCACCCCAGACAGGCUGGGAGCAAGGAGAUGCUCUCCCCUUAGAGCCUGAGUCUAUGCCUUUGUUCCUGGCCCCUGGUGGUGCGCCGGAGCCUCAUUCCUGUGGGUGAAGUCCCUGUCGAGCUGCCAUGCCAAGCCCCCGAGACUUGGGCAGGGAACGUCUUCUCCCACAGCAGCUUGUAACUGUCACCGCCGCGGAUUCCACAUUCCUUGCUGCCAGUGUGUUCCAGAGCUGCUACCUGCCGCCAGGUGAGCCGCUUGGCCUGGGAAUGCCCUUCCUCCCGAUGCAGCCUGGCAUUUCAAGCCCACCUCCCGUGGGCCGCCUUGUGCGCCUGCCCCCUCCCUCCGUGGUCCCCGCGUGUCUAACAAUAGAAACUCCCACCAUGAUGAGUGGGGCUGAGGAGCCCCGUCAGCGCUGCCCCCACCUGCUGGAGCCUUAUUUCCAGCUAGUGAUCUCACUAAUUAACAGAGGGAAUUGGCUGCUUCUGUGUCAGCAACUCUCUUUCUGUCUCCCGGCUUACCCUUCAGAAGAUGCUUCUCCGGGAAAGGGCUGAGUGUGAUGUGUGGGGGUGCUCUGGGCGCCAUGUGUCAGCAGCCGUGGGGCUGGCGGUGAAGGGGGCACCCACAGUGGGCCCUUAACCUUCUGCCCGGCAGAGAAGGAGGGCCUCAGCCGUGCGGAUGCAGAAGGGGGCGUCUUGGGGGCUUUGCCUGGCCAGAGGGGUCUGCAAUUGUGACGUCAGAGUCAGCGUUGGUGUCGUGCUUAGAGUGUGGGACGAGGGCCCGGGAGAGAGCAGGGGUCGAAUCCCCACUCUGCUAUGAAGCUCACGGGGUGACCUUGAUGGAGUCAAGACCUUGGGGACGGAAGCUCACUGGGCUGGUCGCUACCUCUCGGCCCGGCCCAUCUUGCAGGGCUGUGGUGGGGAUUAAACGAGGAAAGGGAGAUAAAUAUACGGGGAACUUGGGGGCCUGGCAGAAGUAUGCUGGCUGAUGGAGGCACUGUGACCCUGUCCUUCUGUAUCCCAGAGCAGCUUCAGGAUUUCCUUGCAGCUUAUCCCAAACUGCCCCACUCUGCCCUGUGCUUGUCCUAUCAUCUCCUACGGAACUCCCUGCCCCAGGAGGCAGCGGUGGCAAGCCACCUAGAGGACUUAAAAAGAUAACUGGGCAGCUUCAUGGAGGAGGGGGCUAUCGAGGGCUCCUGGCCUUCCGAACCCCAGCUGCUGAAAACCCCAGGAGGGGAGAGAGCGACUCUUGUGCUUGGGCCAACUUGCUCAUUCCCAUAAUGGGCACCCCAUUGGUCACUGUGAGACCAGGAUGUUGGACUGGGUGGGCCCUUGGCCGGAUCCAGUAGAUGCUCUUCUCAGGUGCUUAUGGCAGGGAGAGACCCUGGGCUUCAGAGACCCAAGUCUUUGUCUUUUCUGGCCGCAAUCACUCCAUCAGCCUCAGUUCCCCAUCUGUGAAUUGGGCAUAGCAGUGACUUGCUUCACAGGCAAGAGACCUGACCUGUUUCAAAUUAAAAGUGGCUGCAGGUGUUUCAUCCUGUGACCCCAGGUGCCGCUGGAGCCUCUUGGAGGAACUUGGGACAGGGGAGCGCUUGGUUGCUUUGUCAGAGGAACAUUUUUGGGGAGAGGGGAAGGAGGGCACUACUGGUGUGUGGGAGGCUGGGGUGAGGAACUCCCCCAAGAAGCCCCGAGGAACCUGGUGGGGUGGGGGGCCAUGAGCUGAGCAGGUAACAGGGAGGCGGGGGCCGAAUGGGAGAGUUUUUUCCUGCUAUGGCCUCACGUUUGACUUUCACAGAGCUGUUCAGUUUUUUGGAGGAGGUUGUUUCCGUGCUGUGUGUGUGAAUCUCUUGGCAGACAUCCAGUCGAUGGUUGCUAGGGCUGGAACGGGUGCAGUCUAUGUGAAAAGACUCCUGCUUUUGUGUUUUUGUGUGUGUGUGCAAUCUAUAUAUAUAAAAAUGUAAUAUAGGGAAGACUGUGAACUUCAUCAGUCUAGCAGUUGAGUGGGAAUGGGUGCUUUAGCAUUUCCUGACAAAAUUCCCCCUGAAUUCCCCCCUGCUUAUGCAAAGGUUGUUGGGAACCAGUUCGGACUAGGAAAUUUGCAGGUGGGGCAGUGGCUGAAGCAGCUCCUCCUGCACCUGCCGGAGACUUUUGCAUCUUUGGGUGGGGGGCCCCGGAGAUGGUUCUGGUUUGGCCCAAGAUGGGCAGUCGCUGACCUGGCAUCUUAUUCGGAGGUCAGGGUGUGAUGUGGCCGUUUCAGACGCUGGGAUGAGAGGGACAGGCAGGGAGGGUAUUGUGUGCAUGUUGGUGAGAGAGCCCUUGAAGUUCAUCAGAGUUUUGCAAACAGCGGAAAGAGAGGGGAAGUAGCAACAGGAAGUUGGAUCCCUGCCUGAAUUCUGAAGUUCUGCAAAGGAAGGAAUUUGGAGUCUUGGACUCCCUUUUGUGAAGGAUUUCGUCUGCUCUAGCGCCUGAAAACCAAGAGGACCUGUCUGGACGUGGGUCUGAGACCUUUGCGUGGGGUGGACAGUGAGAAGCUGACCAGCUCUGGCAAAGCAAGACCACCGUCCCUUAGAUCUGACAUGCCCCCUUGCUUGCCUGGGUGUGUCCUCUCUGGGUUCCUGGUCACUUCCUCUGGCUUCCCUCUGCAAAUCGCAGGCUCUCCUCUCGCUUCAGCUGGGCUGGCGCUUACUUUUAAAAAUAACUCCCCCCCCGCCCCCCAUUGCAAGAUGUCUCUGUCUAACAGCUUCAUCCUCUGCCGUCUUUCCGCUGGUACAUGGUGGGAACAUGUCCCCGCGUGAACUCCCAGUGCUGUAUUGUUCUAAAAAGUUCUUUUAAGGCAAUCUGCAAAAGCACAGAAGGGAGAGAGAAAAGCUGGGGGAAGGAAUCCUUCCUUGGCUAAUUAACCUCUCGUUCUGCUUCGUUAUGAAGCCUGCUUUGAAUACAUUUCGCUCCCCCUGCCUUCUUCCUCCCCUUUUUGGAAACGCUGAGACCGGCCAGGCGCUAGGAAGGGCCGCCUGCCGCCUCCCUGGCCGCACGCUGCCCUCGACAUACGCAUGGCAGCUGCUUUUCCGCUGUCCGGUCCAAGGGCCGCCAGUUCUGUCCUUCCCAAGGCUCCUUCCCUGCACACCUAUUUGUGGCCUGGCAAAACCGGCCGCCCUCUCCAGUUACAGCAUCACGUGGUGCUGCCUCCAAAUAACAACAGUGACCACCCCUCUCUCUCGCUCGCUCUGCAUUCUGCCCCUGUGAAUUGUGCAGCAGGAGGGUGAGUCAACCUCCUUAAAAAUCCCUCCCCCAACCCAAACUGCUGACAGAUCCAGAGGGGCAGCGGCUGGCAGAGCUCUGAGAGGCCUCCCCCAGGACUCGGCCUGGACGUUGGGGCGCUAGAACCUCGAAUCCCACCCCCCCUCAGUAGCGCAGGUUGGUGCUGAGCUAGUGGGCAGCCGUGUGGACGGACUGACUGGGGCUGGAGGGGGUGUGGAGGAGCCGUUCAGUGGUCAGCCUGGAGUCCUUUCUGACGCCCCUUUUCCCCCUCUCUCCUCUCCCACCCCAGGAAUAAAGAGUCUGCGGCGGCGGCCGGGACCGUCUCCACCACCAACAUGGGGAAGGACUACUACAAAGCGCUGGGGAUCCAGUCCGGAGCCAAUGAAGACGAGAUCAAGAAGGCCUAUCGGAAGAUGGCCUUGAAGUACCACCCGGACAAGAACAAGGACCCCAACGCGGAGGAGAAGUUCAAGGAGAUUGCGGAGGCCUACGAUGUGCUGAGUGACCCCAAGAAGCGGGCCGUCUAUGACCAGUACGGGGAAGAAGGUAAGCGGGUGGCCGGGUCUCUGGGCUGGCCAGGGAGCUUGCGGUUUAUUUGGGUGGGUGGGUGGGGGUCUAAGCCUGCCUCCUGGCCACAGCCCCUCCCUGCCUAGCUGCAGGCUUGUAGGGCUCAAGACCCCCAAAUCCAGCCUCUGGCCUGAUGUGAGAGAGAGUGUCUUUGCCUGCUUCCCUGUGAUAACCUUUGAAGGGCACCUGUGGAGGCACCUCACUCACCUGUGCGGCUAAGGCGGCUAAGUGGGGAGGAAAGCCCCCUUGUGGGCCUGGGCUGUGGGAAAAGCUGGUGGCAGCUCCCUGGAGAACCUGGCGCUUUUAAUGGCGCUGCUUGCAAGGACUUGGUUCCUCCCGGAGUGUGUGGAAAUGCACUGGCACCGUGAUCUGUGGGUGCAAACAUCUUCCCUGUGGCGUAAUUGAGGCUUGGCUCAUGCCUUCUCCUUCUCCUCCACUUCCUUUUCAGUACAUGCUGCCGUGUGUGAGUGAGUGAGAGAGAGAGAGAGAGAGAGAGAGAGAGAGCCUUUCCCAAUUUUAGUAAUAGCUCCUUGUUUCAUAAGCAAACCCGGGCUGUUGGCAGGGAACAUGUCAGGUUCUGCAGGAGGAAGGGAACUGCUGGGAAUAGCAGUGGUGUUAAUCAGCCGGUCCUGCCCAGGACUUGCUGAGCAGAAGGUCUCAGAUAAACAACCUCCAGCAGAGUUUAUCCAAAUUCUGGCCUGGAAAUGCAUGUUCUUUGAUCGGAACAAGUGACACGGAUUGGGUGAAAUUGCAUGCAUUUGCUCUAUGUGAAUCUAGCUUCUGGAGUAUAGUUUGCAAACUAAUUUGGAGGGGCAGCAGGGGACGUUUGACAGGGGACACGGAAAUGGGUUUGGGGGCUCCUGGGGGGUGGGCCAGUAGCUGAUGCCGUGACUUCUUGGGGCGUUCCGCUGGCUCCUUCCCUCUCUCCUCCACCUCCUUGCAGUUCCGCAGUUUCUCUGCCAACUUAAGGGCUAGUCUUCUUUUUUUAACGUGUGACCAAAGUGUGGCGAGGGGCCGGAGGAAGAUGGGAUGCUCUCCCGGGGAAGCUUUGAGAUGCCAGAAGGAGCAUCUGGCUUCCAGCUUUGGUCUGGAAAUAAAAGCUGGGAUCUGGCAGGUGCUCUCUGCUGCCUGCCGCCUCCUGGGACUUGGGUGUGUGUCUCACGAGGUCACCGUUGUGAUUGACAACGUGAAAUUGCUGUAAUUUCAGCUAAAAGCUGCCAUUCGCUUUCCUGAGGGAAUAAGUGAAGUCCUUAGAAGAACCCAGCCCCAUUUAGAUGCUUUUUCUCUGGGAUCCAGUGGUUAUGGGAUUAAACUGAAAGCUCUGGCUGCUAAGGAGGGAGGGGGGAGCAGGCCCUCUGGGAGGCCAGAGAGCUCUCUUGGCCACGCACCGUCCUCUUCCCUGGUGGGGCCAGAGCUGUGGAGGAUGCUGCGCUAGAAUGUCUUGCUAUUAAAAGCUUUGCAGCUGCAGGCUGGCUGCUAAAUGGGGACCCAGAAAGUGCUGGCCUGGCUCUGCUCCUCUUUGCAGCCUCUCAAGCUCCCUGUUCUUUCCCCAAGUUCUGGGCUCCUGGCACCCCUGUCUCUCUCCCCUGGGCCUUUCGUCUUGCCGCCUGAUCUCCUGUUGGGCUUGGAAGCAUCCAGCCUCCCCCCUCCCCCCAGUCUCUGCUCUUGCAAUAACCCUUGCUCAUCUUGUAGCUUAGAGGGGAGGAAGCCCCCCUGCCUGCACACUUUACGAAUCAUGGAAUUGUAGAGUUAGAAGGGACCCUGAGGGUCAUCUAGCCCAACCCCCUGCAGCAGCAGCAGCAACAACAACAACAACAACAACAAUUUAUUUAUACCCCGCCCAUCUGGCAGGGUUCCCCCAGCCACUCUGGGCGGCUUCCAACAGAAUAUUAAAAUGCAAUAAUCUAUUAAACUUUAAAAGCUAUUCAGGAAUAUCAACUAAAGCAUCCCUGACAGGUGGCCAUCCAACCUCUGCUUAAACACCUCCGACAAAGGAGAGUUCACCACCUCCCACAGGAGUCUGUCCCACUGUCCAACAGCUCUUACCGCCAGACAGUUGCUGCUCCAGAUGUUUAGUCAGAAUCUCCUUCCUUAUACCUGGCUUUGUGCUGAAGUACCAAAUUAUGCCAGCUGUAAUCUCAGUUUCCCUGAUUCUCACCCGGGCUCCUUGUGGUGCAAAACCAUUCCAAAACGUGUGGUCUGGUCAGGCCAUGGGGAACGGGGGUGUCUUCAAGGCCCUUGAGCGCUCUGCUGAAAGGCAAAGGACCAGCGCCCUGGGGUCACGGCUUCAGGGUCCUGCACUGUUGGGUUCCUGGCCCUGUCGCUGGGGAACCUGUGAAGAUCCUGCUGGAUGAGGCCCAGCCUCCUCUUGUUCCUGGGACCAAGCAGAUGCCCAGAUGAGAAACCCACAAGCAGGACCUGAGCAUAAGAGCCACUCUCCUCUCCUGUGGUUUCCAGCACCUGGUAUUCAGGAGCUGUGGAGGCAGAGCAGAGCCGUCCUGGCUAGGGGCCAUCAGAUGUGCUCCCAGGUUCUUGGCCGGCCAAUUCAGGCUGCCCAAUCCUGCUUCUCUUAGUGAAUUUGGUCUGUUUUUAGCACUCCUUUCCAGAGCACCUGCCUGACUGUCCCCUGCUCUCUCUCUGGUUCUCUUCCAGGGCUCAAAACUGGCGGCGGCUCAUCGGGCACUUCUGGGAACACCUUCCACUACACCUUCCACGGAGACCCUCAUGCCACCUUCGCCUCCUUCUUUGGGGGCUCUAACCCCUUCGACAUCUUCUUCACCAGCGGCCGCUCCCGGGUCUUCAACGGCUUCGACCACGACGACAUGGACAUCGACGACGAUGACGGCGGUGACCCCUUCAGUGCCUUUGGCCGGUUCGGCUUCAACGGGCUCAACGGCGUCCACCGCCGCCACCCGGAGCCCAUCCACAUGCGCCGGAAGGUGCAGGAUCCUCCCGUGGUCCACGAGCUGAAGGUGUCCCUGGAGGAGAUCUACCACGGGGCCACCAAGCGCAUGAAGAUCACGCGCCGGCGGCUGAACCCGGACGGCCGGACCAUGCGGACGGAGGACAAGAUCCUGAACAUCGUCAUCAAGCGCGGCUGGAAGGAGGGCACCAAGAUCACCUUCCCCAAGGAAGGAGACGCCACUCCUGACAACAUCCCCGCCGACAUCGUCUUCAUCCUGAAGGACAAGCCGCACUCGCUCUUCCGGAGGGACGGGACAAACAUCAUCUACACGGCCAUGAUCAGUCUGAAAGAGGUGCGUCCUUGGGCCGAGGAGGGCGGGGUAGGGGCUCUGCGCGUCCCCCGUGGGGCUGCUGGUGCCACAGACAAGAGGUUGGCACAGGAAGGCAGGGGCUGGGGGCAAUGCUGCUGUUUGCUGCCCCACUCCGUCCUGCCAAAGGCUGCCUUUCGUGGGGGGAGCCCCUUUCCUGUAUUGUCCAGGAUUUUGGAGGGUGCAAUUCCUUUGGGAUAAAGGGUGCACUGGCAGCAAGGGCUGUUUGACAGCGCAGCUGGGAAAGUGGUGGGCUUUCCUUCACUUUUCAUGCAGAGGGCGGAAGGCCUUCCACCAGGGAUUCGCCGGCUGUGAUUCCAACAUUGCUGGGGGUUGGCUGGAUGACCCUCGAGGUCCCUUCUGUGAUAUGUGGUGAAACAACAUGACUUCUCGGGAGGAAGCUUCAUGCCCUGAGGUGUACAGGCAGGCAGGCAGCCUGGCAUCUGUGAAGCUUCCCAAAGAAAGAGGAUAGCCUACCCUAGAAGGGGUUGAAGAACCCCUGCAUUGCUGAGGGUUGGACUAGAUGAGCUUUGGGGGUCUCUUCCAACUCUGCAGUUCUACAGUUCCAUGAUUCCGGCAGACUCCAGUAGGCCUGGGCAAAGAGAGGCAGAGCGAGGGCAAGCCUUCCAGAUGCUGCUUCCUCCAAAAUCAGGAGAUGAAAUGAAAUCGAGACAUGUAAAAAGUUCCUCGAUUCUCCCCUUUGUUUGAAAGAUGCUGCAAGGUCGCAGCUGUUAAAGGAAACGAUAAGAUUGACUUGUUUACCGCCUCCCCACAGAACGGGCCUUUGUCUGAAGGAAACAAAUAAAAUAAGCCUUUUGUUGCAAGUCUACCCUCCUCUCCCGAUUCCUCAGCUUGUGUGUAGUUCGGUCUUUGCACAACCUUUGAAUCUGGCUGAAGAUGUGAGCUGCGUGCUGGGUGCUCCUCUUAAGGAGAGUGACGGAGGGCAAGUAGGGGAGACGGGAUGCCUCUGGCGCUCGACAGGUGAGGAGGGGGCUCAAGAGGAUCCCAGUGGAUCCCCUGAGUCUUCACCUUUCCCCCCUCUCUCCCACCAACACCAAGUUAUUCUAUGCUCUCACCCUUUCCCAAACAAUUGCACUGGCACACAAGCUCCUGCCUUUUACGCAGCAUCAGUGCUUCCCAAACUGGGGUCUCCAGCUGUUGUGGGACUACAACUCCCAUCACCCCUGACCACUGCUCCUGCUAGCUAGGGAUGAUGGGAGUUGUAGUACCACAACAGCUGGAGACCUGAGUUUGGGAAGCACUUUGCAGCAUACAGGAAAUACAUUUAAGAAGCUGGAAUAGAGAUCAGGCGGUGGUGGUGGGAUUGGGUCACAGCCCUUGGACCCGCAUCCCUGACCCCCAAGCUCAUGGAGUGGCCUUGGGCACCCUCCUCCCUCCCGGCUUAAGCUGCCUUGCAGGGCUGUUGGGAAGAUGAGUGCCCUGGCUUGGGGAGGCUGGGAGAGAGAAGGAAGACUUUCUCCAAGCCUCUGAGGGAGCUGAACUGCAUAGCAAAGCCUCUGGCUCCACCUGCAGCAUCUCCCUGGAAGUCAUCUAGCACUCUGCACGGUGUCAAGAGACAAGUGAUCUUCAGCCUCCCUACGGCAUGAAAGGGGCUGUCCAAGGAAGCUGGGGGCCCCCUCUUGCUCAGCGGCAGAGCUGGACUGGCUUGCCUGAGGGCUUCACCCUUCUCUGGUCUUCUCCCCCCGCAAUCUCUCCCAUUCCGAGUUCUUCAGCUGGCCUUCCUCCUCCGCCUUUUCCUCUUGGGUGGGAGCCAGUCAGGGCCAUUUGGGUAUCUGCUGUGAAAUCUCUCUCCUUCGUGCUCGUUGGCGGGCGAAGCCCCAAGGCGGGUGGAUUUUCCCGGAGAUACUGUGGGCUGGAACAAAUUUAUCCAUUCCUGCGGGUGGCUCUUUGGGAAGGGGGGGGGGCGGAGCUGGAGACACAGCGGCUUCCAAGCCGAAACACUGAUAAUUCUGGGCUGGUGUGUGGGGCCAUGGGAUACGUCUCUCUGGACCCACAGACCUGAGGGAGAGCUUUAAAGGGGUCUGAACAGGACAGAAUGGGGCUGGAAACAAGUAAGGCAGCUGCAUCUCUUUCUCCCCCAAAUAAUAAUAAUAAUAAUAAUAAUAAUAAUAAUAAAUUUAUUAUUUAUACCCCGCCCAUCUGGCUGGGUUUCCCCAGCCACCCUGGGCAGCUUCCAACAGAAUAUUAAAAUAAAAAAACCUAUUAAACAUUGGCAUAUGCAGCCUGGGGCACUGCCAGCCAGUUGCAAGGUGCCACCAGGACCAGGUGAUUUGAGCAAUCUGACCUGGUCUCUUGUCGAAGCAGCUGGGCUAACGUGGCGGAAGGUGGGACGGGACUCCUUCUUGAUGCAACAUCUCGCCGUUAUUUCAUCCUUUGAGCUCAACAUCUGUCUCCCAGGAAGAAGGCAGCAUAAAAGCAAGCACAUUGCUUGUCGUUAAACUUUGGAACUCACUUCCACAGGGGGCAGUUAUGUUCUGAAGGCUGCCUUAAGGCCUUGACUUCAUGUCCCUAGUUAGGAGCUGCCUCUGAUGUACCUGGGGAAGCCUAGCAGACCUGCAGAGUCUCUGGGGAGAUAGAGCAGCCCGGAACCUCAAGGCUUGCUCCUCAGGGUCCCAUCGGGAGAGAGGCAAAGGGCAGCCUAGGCUGGCUCCAAAGCGGAGAGACUCAGCCAGUUUUAUGUUCCCUGCUGUGCAAUUACCGUAUUUUUCACUCUAUAAGACGUACCUUUUUCCUCCUAAAAAGUAAGGGGAAAUGUGUGUGUGUCUUAUGGGGUGAAUGCAGGCUGCGCAGCUAAGCUAGAAGCCAGAACAGUGAGAGGGAUCGCUGCGCAGUGCUCCCUCUUGCUGUUCUAUCUUCUGGCUUAGCCCCUCAGUCCCUUUCCCCACCUCCCGGAAAAGCCCCCAAGAGCCGCACUCCCUUUAAAAAGCCACACGGAGUGUGUGUGCUGCUCGUGAAAGGGAGCGCUGAGCAGAGCCUGGGAUGCAGACAGGCUCUGCUCAGCGCUUCCUUUCAAUAAUAUUUUUUUUCUUGCAUUCCCCCUCUAAAAACUAGGUGCGCCUUAUGGUCAGGUGCGCCUUAUGGAGCGAAAAAUACUGUAUGGGGGAUAGGGAGAGACAGGAGGGUGCCGAAGGGAGCGCCCUGCCACCUUUCUCUUUCCCCACACUGGUCAGGGUCAGGGCAGAUCCUUUGGCCGCUCUCUUUCUGCGCUGGCAGGUAAAAAUAGCCCUGGCUGAGGCCUGUCUCUGCUGCCUCCGCCCUUCCAGACCAUUAUCCUUGAAGCUGGCAGGAGAGGAUCCUCGAAAGUUUUAACUUCCUGGAAGUAGCAUGCCCCCCCCCCCAGGACUGAAAGCCAAAGCCGCCCCCUCCCGCGGACUCUUGCUUUCAUGAGCUUUGGAGGCUGCUGGCUGCCAGCCGGGCAAAGGCCACUGUGUGUGCAACAGCUGAGCAGGCGCUGGAAGCCACGGCCGCCCCCCCCCCCCAGUUCUGGUUCCCUUGCUGGGGAUUAAGCCGUAAAGCCUGUCUAAAUUUAGCCUGUGCUGGCUCAUUCGCUCGGGCUCAGUGCAGGUUGCAGGCUGGAAUUGCACAAUUCUGCCCCCCAAGAUGUUUCCUUUUCUGAUCCUUUGAGGCGGGGUUCAGGGGCGACAUAAUAGAAAGGUUCUGAAAGAAAGUGCAUUUUUAAAAAAGCAGGUAUUGUGUGCACCUGGUGGCUGUUCCCUGAGCCUGCCUAAAAUAAAGCUGUGCCGCUUUUAUUAUCUGAGUCUUGAUAUAUAUUUUGCAUUGUUUUAAUUUUCUAAGCAUUUAAUCUUCUCCAUGUUUCUUGGUGUUUGCAUGUCACCCGUAUUGCUUUGACUUGUGCAUGAGCAGCGCUUCUCCUUCUUGUUGCAAGCCCUGCGCCCGGCCUAACCCUGCCUCCUCCUCCUCCUUCUCUUGCAGGCCUUGUGCGGCUGCACCGUCAACAUUCCCACCGUGGACGGGCGCGUCAUCCCGCUGCCCUGCAACGACAUCAUCAAGCCGGGCACCGUGAAGAGACUGCGUGGCGAGGGGCUGCCCUUCCCCAAGGUGCCCACCCAGCGCGGGACUUGAUCGUAGAGUUCAAAGUCCGCUUCCCGGACAGAAUAGCCCCCCAGACCCGGCAGAUCCUCAAGCAGCACCUCCCCUGCUCUUAGGGCCCCCCCUCCGGGCUGGACGGCCCCCGGCCUCCCUGCCAGGCCGGCCACCUUGCCUUCCGAGCAGCAAUACUUCACGCACGGGUGCUGCGGUCCACUCGACCUUCGCGAUGCACGGGGAGGGGGAAGCGCCCCUGGCUGCCCACCCACGUCCUCCUUUUCCAAGAGACGCUCUGACCUGGCUUGUGUGCGCGCUCCCUCCUUUGCCCCACGGCCCGGCUGGCACCCACCCACUCGCUCCCUCCCCCUCUCCCUCCCUCUUGAGCCUGGCACAAGCCUCGAGACCCCUCUCGCCGCUCCUGGAGGGUUUCUACUGGGCAGUUUGACAAGCAGCCGGGACGUGGCUACCCCCAACCUGCUCCGGUGUAAAUAGGACCCGGACUUCUCUCCUGCUUCCUGUGGACGGUCUGAGGACUUCUCUAAGCGACUCUGUGCUCUGGCUGCCACUGGGCAACGUGCCAAGGAGCCGUCCGAUCCUGCCUUGCAGAAGCAGGGCCCAUCUGCACCUGGACUGGGCCCCCACGGUGCCAUUCCUCCGUCGCUUUGUGCCUCCGCGGGAACGGAGAAGGCCUGCUCUUGCCCCUCCGCUCCCGCGCCACCUUCGCUUUGGAGCCCACGAGACGUCUGGGCUCUGUGGAGCCAACCUCACCUGCCUGGGUGGGUCUUCCAGCCGCUGUGCCAACUUGCCGCAUUUGCCAUGGAGCUCGAGGCCUGCUUGGCUUGGCGGCUCCUGGUUUUUUGGGUUUUUUUUACGCUUAAUAGAAACUUUGCAAGGGUUGCUUUCUACUGUCCGGUGUGGUUCAUCUGAGCGCUCCCUUUUUUUUUGCGGGGGCCGGGGAUGGGAAGAGCCGGCCUGAGAAGGGCGCAAGCUACGUAGGCGUCAAGGUUCAGAGCCAGGGUCUGAGGAGAGGUCCGAGGGGAGGUGUAUGUGUGCGUGUCUAGGGGUAUGGGGGUGCCAUUUUUCAGGGAGAUCCGGAAGGGCCAGGCCAGCGUGGGGAAGAGGAGGAGAGUCGCCGGGAGACCUGCUUGUGUGGUGCUUUAUUUUAGAGGCUGCAUUUUAAAAAACUUUUCAGAGGGACAUUUUCAGAGAAGCGUUUCUUAUCCUCUCCAGCUGAGACUUUGCUCCACCCGCAGGGAAGUGAAGUAGGCUUGACUUCCAAAGGGUUUUGACGCUGUUUUGCAAAAGCACCCUUUCUCCUGCCCCCCUCCGUUAAAACCCCUCCCUGACAAAAUGUGGUGCCAAAACCUUGGGAUCCCUGACUUCCAUUUUGCCUGUCCAGAAGCUGCUUUCUCUGACUUGAAACGGGGGCGCCUGCCUGGACUGCCCACAGCAGUGCCCCGGGGGGGGGGUAGGGGUGGCGGCGAGCAGAGUGACCGCCUGCUUCAGCCUGGCUUUUUUCCUGAGCUGACCCUCGACUUGCCCUGUGGUCGGGCAGAGAGUCUGGACGCAGCGCAGCGGCUGCUGCUGCUGCUGCUUCCUGUAUAGCUGUACAGAACCUCACACUUUGGGUCCUUUUAAUGUGCAAUUUUUCUCUCCCAGGAGAUUAAAACUGUUAACGCAGUGUUGAACUUACCAACCAGUUUGAAUGGUUAAGAUGAUGCCUUUCUUUGCCCCCCCCCGACGUGUGUGUGUGUUUUUUAAAACAAAUACAAAAAAACUCAGGCUGCUGGUGGAGGUUGGCUGGGCUGGCAGGUGAGAGCGGGGCUGGGAGGAGCGCCUCUGGGGUUUUUCUCCGUUUCAGGGAGACCCCGAGUGGUUUUAUAGCGGUUUUUUUGUAUUUCUUUAUUCUUUUGUAAUGUCCCGUAUUAAUAUUUAAAGAAAAUAAAGUAUUUU